UGCGGGGAGAGCGGGGGGGCGAUGCUGCCGGAGCCGCCGCCGCCUCGGUGAGAGCCGCGCCGCGCCGCGCGUAGCCGCACAGGCUGACAGGCAGAAGGACUGACUUCCCUCUCUCGGGCAUCCUUCCUGGGCUGCCGGGAGGCGGCGGCGGAGGAGGAGGAGAAGGAAAAGGGGGAGAAGGCGGAGAGCAGGAACGCGAGGAGGUGGACCUGGAUCCGUUUCUCCCGGCCAGGACCCGAGCGGCCCCAGCUACAGCUACCCGCAGGCGCCGUCCCCUAUCCAUCAGCCCUCCUGCGCCCACUCGCGACCCCAGGCUCUCUGCGCGUCGGACCGGGGCCAGAGCCGCGCGGCCGGAGACGGCCUGGCCUCCCGGUGAUGCCCACACUGUGCUAAGUGUUGGUGACCAUCGAGGAUUUUGCAUCCUGGGGACGAAUCCUGAGCUUGCCAGAGACGGACGGUGCAAGGUCCGGCCUCUGUUUCCACGUGAGGAGCAGCUGCGGCCCACCGAGAUGUCCCGGCACCACAGCCGCUUCGAAAGAGAUUACCGGGUGGGCUGGGACCGCCGCGAGUGGAGUGCCAACGGGACGCAUGGGACCACCAGCAUCUGCAGUGCCACCACCGGGGCAGGUGGCGGCACAGCCAGCAGCCUCAGCGCCCGGCCCGGCCUCCUGCCGCUACCCGGGGUGCCCUCCCGGCUGCCCACACCCGCCACGGCCCCCGCGCCCUGCACCACCGGCAGCAGCGAGGCCAUCCCCAGCCUCGUGGCCAGCUCUGCCUCCGCCGUCACCACCAAGGCCCCCGGCAUCUCCAAAGCAGACAGUCAGUCCCAGGGACUCACGACCAGCAUCCGGUGGGGGCAGACGCCCAUCAAUCAGUCCACGCCUUGGGACACUGAUGAGCCGCCCUCCAAACAGAUGAGGGAGAGCGACAAUCCAGGCACAGGGCCGUGGGUGACCACAGUGGCCGCCGGGAGCCAGUCUGCCCUGAUCGCACACUCCUACGGAGUGGCCCAGCCUCCCACCUUCAGCCCAGCUGUGAACGUCCAGGCCCCGGUCAUUGGGGUGACCCCUUCACUGCCUCCCCACGUGGGGCCCCAGCUCCCGCUGAUGCCAGGCCACUACUCACUCCCACAGCCGCCCUCUCAGCCACUGAGCAGCGUGGUGGUCAACAUGCCUGCCCAGGCCCUGUAUGCCAGCCCGCAGCCCCUGGCUGUUUCCACGCUGCCCGGCGUCGGGCAGGUGGCCCGCCCAGGACCCACCACUGUGGGCAAUGGCCACAUGGCAGGGCCCCUGCUGCCUCCACCGCCGCCGGCCCAGCCGUCUGCCACUCUCCCCGGCGGUGCCCCUGCCACCAAUGGCCCCCCCACGUCAGACUCGGCCCACGGGCUGCAGAUGCUACGGACCAUUGGCGUGGGGAAGUAUGAGUUCACCGACCCCGGGCACCCCAAAGAAAUGUUGAAGGAAUUGAACCAGCAGCGCAGAGCGAAAGCGUUUACAGACCUGAAAAUUGUUGUUGAAGGCAGAGAGUUUGAAGUCCACCAAAAUGUUCUAGCUUCCUGCAGCUUGUAUUUCAAGGACCUGAUUCAAAGGUCGGUGCAAGACGGCAGCCAGUGCGGCCGGGAGAAGCUGGAGCUCGUCCUGUCCAACCUGCAGGCCGACGUCCUGGAGCUGCUGCUGGAGUUUGUCUACACGGGCUCCCUGGUCAUCGACGCGGCCAACGCCAAGACCCUGCUGGAGGCAGCCAGCAAGUUCCAGUUCCGCACCUUCUGCAAAGUCUGCGUGUCCUUUCUCGAGAAGCAGCUGACGGCCAGCAACUGCCUGGGGGUGCUGGCCAUGGCCGAGGCCAUGCAGUGCGGCGAGCUCUACCACAUGGCCAAGGCCUUUGCGCUGCAGAUCUUCCCCGAGGUGGCGACCCAGGAGGAGAUCCUAAACAUCUCCAAGGAUGACUUCAUCGCCUACAUCGCCAAUGACAGCCUCAACACCAAGGCCGAGGAGCUAGUGUACGAGACCGUCAUCAAGUGGAUCAAGAAGGACCCCGUGUCCCGUGCGCAGUACUCGGCGGAGCUCCUGGCCGUGGUCCGCCUCCCCUUCAUCCACCCCAGCUACCUGCUCAACGUGGUUGACAACGAGGAGCUGAUCAAGUCAUCGGAAGCGUGUCGGGACCUGGUCAACGAGGCCAAACGCUACCACAUGCUGCCACACGCCCGCCAGGAGAUGCAGACGCCCCGAACGCGGCCCCGCCUCUCAGCAGGUGUGGCCGAGGUCAUCGUUUUGGUUGGGGGCCGUCAGAUGGUGGGGAUGACCCAGCGCUCACUGGUGGCCGUCACCUGCUGGAACCCGCAGAACAACAAGUGGUACCCCCUGGCCUCACUGCCUUUCUAUGACCGCGAGUUCUUCAGUGUAGUGAGUGCCGGGGACAACAUCUACCUUUCAGGUGGGAUGGAAUCAGGGGUGACGCUGGCCGAUGUCUGGUGCUACAUGUCCCUGCUCGAUAACUGGAACCUCGUCUCCAGGAUGACGGUCCCCCGCUGUCGGCACAAUAGCCUUGUCUAUGAUGGGAAGAUUUACACCCUUGGGGGACUUGGCGUGGCAGGCAACGUGGACCACGUGGAGAGGUACGACACCAUCACCAACCAAUGGGAGGCGGUGGCCCCUCUGCCCAAGGCAGUGCACUCGGCAGCAGCCACAGUGUGUGGAGGCAAGAUCUACGUGUUCGGGGGCGUGAACGAGGCGGGCCGAGCUGCAGGCGUGCUCCAGUCUUACGUUCCACAGACCAACACAUGGAGCUUCAUCGAGUCCCCGAUGAUUGACAACAAGUACGCUCCCGCCGUCACCCUCAAUGGCUUCGUUUUCAUCCUGGGUGGGGCUUAUGCCAGAGCCACCACCAUCUAUGACCCUGACAAAGGGAACAUUAAGGCGGGUCCCAACAUGAAUCACUCUCGCCAGUUCUGCAGUGCUGUGGUACUCGAUGGCAAGAUUUAUGCAACUGGAGGCAUUGUUAGCAGUGAGGGGCCUGCCCUGGGCAACAUGGAAGCCUAUGAGCCUGCAACCAACACGUGGGCCCUCCUCCCCCACAUGCCCUGCCCCGUGUUCAGACACGGCUGCGUCGUGAUAAAGAAAUAUAUUCAAAGCGGCUGACAUCAGCGGAAAGCCCACGCCGAGACUGUGGACAGACACGUCUGGUGAGGCAAAUGCUACUCACAAAGAUCAACUUUCAGCAACACCAAUAAGAGGCUGACCAACACAAUCAAGGAACUCACUACGCUACACAUUUUGAAUACCGUCUACAUUGAAUGUAGGAAAUCAUCCUCGCCUUUGGGGAAAAUGAGGGAGUAGCCUCCGGGCAGCAGGAACCGCGACCGAGCGAGCGAGCUGGGCCUCGGGGCUCCUGCAGAGGCACUUGCUCUGAACGGAGGCGCUCACUCUGCCCGGUGCAAUAGUUUCACAUAUUUUUCAACUGGGAGAGAGAAGCCGUUUUUUCCUUCCUGCAGGGCAAGCUUGAUCCCCAGCCAACCAUAGAUCAGUUAUCCUAUGACAAUAUUAGGCGUCAGGCUCUCUUGGAAUAAGAUCAAAGUGUCCUUAUCACUUUGAUUCCUACUUUUGUUUUUAACCAAUCUACGCUUUCAGUGGCCGAGGGAAAACAAGGGACAAUACUAUGUAUGGGGCCCGAGGCCUAGGAGGCUGCUGGUCCCCCACUGGGUCGAAGAUAAGUCCAGGCUCUUUGCGGAGCCAGAUGUGACUGGAGCGGCGGCAGCCGUGGGGACAGCUAGGGAGAACCGUCUGUCCCUUCACAGGGUUUCCUACCAUGCUUUUGCUGGAGAAGGACAAGGUGAUUGUGCUAGCUUUCUCUUAUCCCAUAUGAAUUAUUUAGAUUUCCAAGGCAUUUUCUUGAUAAACAAAAGGCUAUUUUUAAGUACCGAGAGAAGGAGGCGGCCACGAGAGGGAUAACGUGGGAAUUCCCAAAGCUCUUUGUAGGUAGUGCCAGAGUGGGGCAUUUGCUCUAAUUUUUCUAUGUUCAGAAUAGAGGAUCUCUCCUGGGUGGGGGGUGAAUGCCCCCGUUUUAUUUUUAGAAAAAAGUAACUCCCAGACAGCCCCGUAAAAGCCGUGCCUCGUGGAAGCACUGUCAUAGAGAGACAACUCUGCUCCUGAAGGAAACCAGUUCUGGCUCGUGAUACCAGUUCAGCUCCCUCCAUGAGGUAAAGCUGAGGACCCAGGCCAGGUUGGAAGGGAAGGAGGGAGAAUACAUGUCUACAAAGCACAGGAGACUAUUUUUGAUAUUUAUAGCUAUAUAUUAAGGCACCUGCCACAAAGAGCUCUCAGGAUGGGGACAGCCUUCUCAGACGAGCCGUGACAGCCAAGGCCUGAGGGGCAAGAGGAGAAUCGCUCUUCUAGUAGCAGCUUAACCCCAGCAGGGGGGCCAGAAGGGAGGCCACCCCGUGGCUCACAGAGGAAGGCCUUCCCUCUAGUCCUCAGACCCUCAAACCUCACGUGGUGACCAGCUUCCAUUCCAGGGCACGAAGGAGGCAGCCGCCACUGCUGUGCUGUUUCGCUGAAGUUGGUACCAAAUACACAUUUACCAUUUUUAUACCUGGUAAGUCGACUUGCCGUCAUUUCAUCAUAAAAACCACUUAUAAGGAGAAAAGGACAGGACACGCUCUCCAUCUUUCAGUAUUUAAUGACACAAAGUCCCAAUGUCGGGCAUCAACUUCUAGCACUACAAGUGUGGCUCCCACUUGGACAAGAUACCGAGCUUCGUUAUGCAGUUUUUAAUAUUAUUAUUUAUUCUUUUAAAAAGUAAUAAGCACAAAACUACAUACGUUGUAUGUCAUUUAAAGUAUUUAUGUCAAACAGGGUGCAAGUGUGAACCCAAGGACUGGAGCACAAGUGUCUAACUGCCUGGGGCAGGGCCAUGUCAGCGUUGGUGGGCGUCUACCUCCAAAGGAGGUGCUAGUGGUCAGCGAGACUCAACACAGACGACACUGAAAUCCUGUUCUCUCCUCAGUUAUCACACUGGAGCAAAACUGGCUAUUUCUGUGAAUGACAUAAAACAGGGUUCUCUGUAACGGUGUUGUACAUAGUAUAUGUUUAUUGUUAAGUUCUUGUUAUAAUAAAUAUAUUUAUAGAUCUAGA